AUGUCUAGAUCAACACCAUCGACAAACCAGAUACAGCAGUACAGGAACAGACAGAAUAAGCUUGGAAAGCUACUGAACAGUCAUGUAUCGAGGCUUUGCAUUUCACCGGUGCAAACGAUUAUGAUUUCGCUUAUAUUCAUUGGGAUUGUAUUUCUGCUCCACAUACUUGCAAAGUUUGUACCAGCAUCGUCACUACCUCAGGCAGCGGUUGCAUUGCUUAUUGUUUUGCUUUCUGUAGGAUUUUCAUUUUUGUCAAGUAAAUAG